AUGACCGCCACUAGAGCUCGUACCGAACUCGCUGCUUCUGCACCACGGAACGUCAAGGUUGUAGCCCCAACUCAAGAGUCGGCAUCGGCACCGGCACCGGCACCGGCACUGGCACUGGCACUGGCACCCCUCGACGCCGAUAACUCCAACGAUCAGACUCGCGCUCGUCGCACCACCACUCGAACUCGCAAGCUACCCAGCCGUCUUCUUCCAUCUCCCUCGCCACCUCCUUCCCGUCCAUCCUCCCAGUACAACGCUAACAAGCAGAGCAAAGGAGGAAAGGAUGCGACCGAGCCUUCUGCAGCUUCGCCUCUCACGACAUCAACUCCCUCGUCUCUCACUCCUGCCUCCAAGCUUCGCAAGGCAAGCAGGUCAGAUGUCGACAGCACCAGCUCGCAAUUCGACACCCCAGCUGACAAGGACGCCAACCUCAGCUCUGAAGAUCUCGGCCUUGGCAAGCGCAAGCGUCGUCCCAGCAGCAUGUACAAGCCACCCUCGACAUUGACCACCGUCGAGACACCUUGGCCUGCUUCAGCUGUUUCAGCAUCCAAGUCCAAGAAGAAGGGCCGCAGCACCAGCCCAGAAGCUCCAGCUCAAAAGGGCCAGUCUCCUUCCCUCGCCCUUGCACAGUCUAGGUUGAAGAGCCGCCUCUCGAAGAGCAAGUCGGAUGCUCAAACCCCAUCAUCCUCCAACCCUCUCGAGGCUGUGCCUGGCGAUAUAGACGACUCGGAAGCAGAGCUUGAGCCUAGCAUCUACUCGACCGCUUCCAAGAGAUUGCGCAUUGGUCAAGACGACGACGACUCGAUGCAUCUCUCGCCUCCGCCUCUUCUGCCUCGUGAUGGCUCCCUCCGAGUUCGCAUGCCUACCAACUUCACUCAGCCAACCUUCAUCCGCGGUGGCCGGGUCAGCCUCUCGCCCGAAGCAUCCGCCAAGAGGCCCAUCAAGUUUGCCAUUCGCCAGUUCAGCCGUCCAGCUCUCCAGACCGACGAGGCCAGUCAGCUUCCCCGCCCCACCAAGGUCGACGCCCAUCACAGUUGGAAGCACGCCGACAUCAUGUCCUCGUCGCCCAUCUCGGCUGCCAUCUCCAAGUUCGACAACGACUCAAGCAUGCCUUUGACCUAUCUUCCCUUCCGAUCUGCCACACGCAGCCCGGCUGGCUUCCGUCACAUGCACACUACUCCUUUCGCCGUCGAUGAGGACGACGAGCAGGCAGAUGACGAUGAAGACGACGACGAAAACGACUUCCAUCAAGCUAUGCUGGAUGCCGACUUUGACUUGUUCGACUCGCAAAAGUCUGACUCGAAUGCAGCUAAGCCUAUGUGGUCUGCUGCUUCCCCUCGCGCCACUACUGAGGAUGCAGAGAUGGAUGACACUCCCGCUACCACACCUCGAACCACACCUCCAAGUCCUCAGUCUGGCUGCGAUCUGCCCUCUCCCGGCAGUCCUCGCUUCAAGAGGGAGGAAGAUGCAGGUCAGUCCACCACGGAGAGCAAGCCUUUGUCCUUCAGCGCCGGUCGAGACUCGGUCUUCGUUCACGCUCUGCCCACUGCUCAAGUCGGAGCUGACAAGCCGCACCAGCAUGCAGGCUCGCUCACUCUGUCGCUGCCUUACAGUCCUGCUGUAGCUGUCUCGUCGCCUCAGUUGCGAGCCAUGGACAUUGACGCCGAUGCCGCUUCGCUUGUCGCCCGACCAAGUGCCAAGAAGGCCACUUCGGACUCCAACCAGAUGCGCACGCCCGUGUUGCAGAGACGCAAGCACGCUAGACUGCCCGCGGGUCCGCAUGGUCUUGCCCCGCUCAAGCUUGGUUCUGACCUCAUGGAGCGAGGUGCAUCCAACACGGCUCCUUACAUGCAGCUUUCACCCAUGAUCGAGAUCGAGUCGCCUCUGCUCAGUCCAGCACUGUCUUUGAGCCUGCACACCAAGGGCAACGACUUGCCCAGCCCAUUCAUCAUGGGCAUUGGGACGCUGCCUGACCUCGAGCAACCAGCUCCGCUCGACCUUGCUCCUGCAGACGGUUCGACGACGCCCAAGACAAGCAGUCCCAUGGUGAUGCUUCCGGCUGCACCCAAGCUGGAUCUCGCCCAUUCGGCUCCUCUCAAGGACAAGACUGCAUCCAGUGACCCGGAAAAGAAGGCCAGCGUCGAGCCUAGCAACGAGGUUGCCAAGGUCGACAAGCCAACGCCUCGACGCCCUGCGCUGCCUCCUCCUCGUCAGAUUCGCUUCACCACCUUUACCACUCCAUCGGUAGAGUCGAGUGAGAGCAAGACUCAGCAGCCGUCGCAGCCUGACCUCGCCAAAACAACGGUACCCGCCGUUUCUACCCAGCAACAGCAGACAUGGCAGCAUCAAUCCAAGAGCGCCGGUGCCUCAAGCACCAGCUGCAAAUCUGAUUCGACUCCUGAUCUGCUUCACUCUGCUUCCUCUUCGCCUGACUCGGCAUCGGAUUCGCCCAGCCCAAUGUCGCAGGCAGAUUCGACUGCUUCUGGCGACGCCCAAGUGGAGACCAUCCUAUUCGGCCCACCCGAGAAGCUCGAUUUGCACGAGCUCGACCAUGCUUGGGGUGGCAACAAAGCUGCUCAGCACCAAGCCGCUUUGCAUCGAGCCAAAGUGUCCCAGACGCAGAUUCACCACGUCGAUCUCAACGUCGCUCAAUAA